AUGAAGAACAACGUCCAGAUGACCCAGCAGCAGGCCCCACAGCUUAUCAUGCCGAUUGGAUACGACAUGAUGGGCCAACCUAUUUACCCACAGCCGGUGCCGAUAUAUGUGCUGCCCCAAGGGGCCACGCUCGGGUCGCCGCAGAUUCUUGUGAACGGGGCCCAGUCCACGCCGAUGCAGAGUCUGCAUAGCCUGCAGAGCUUUCCUCCGCACGCCGAGUUCCACAACAACUCCGACCCGCGCAAGCUGGCUAGUGUCAAGUCGAGCCCGGCCCUGAACUCGUACUUCACGAUGCACUCCGACUUCACGCCGCCCCACUCGUCGCUCUCGUCCCGCACCAACUCGUCCACCUCGCUCCGCUCGCUCGAGUCCGCCCAGAACAACAACUCGUCCUCCACCACGCUCGCUUCCAACAGCUCUGUGCCGCCGCUGUCGUCGCUGUCUUCGCUGCAGCGCAUGACGCCGAUCCGCGUGCCGUCCAACGGGUCUGUGCCCCGUGUGUCGUCGCUGCUCUCGCGGUCGGUCUCGUCCGCGUCGCUCUCGACGCUCGUCCGCGACGACGGCCAGGCCAAGAAGAAGUCACGGCCAAACUCCCCCGUGCUGCUCAGCAACAACAGCUUCAACUCGGCAGAGUCCAUCGACCGGUCCAUGGCCAUCUUCAACAUCACCUCGCCCGUUGAGACCCCGUUGACCACCCCAAUGCAGUCGCCAACACUCAAACCGACCUCGAUGUCCAACAGCUCGCAGCAGAUCCACCUGCCCCCAAUUAGCUCCAUGGUGCGAGGCAUCGCAGAGCUCGAUGAGGAACUGCUCCACAGAAAGCUCCGCAAAAGCCCAGACGUCCCAGAAAAACCCGUGCUCGACUCGCCAGACCACACGGCCCCUCCUACGCGGCCCCACCUGACUAAGGACAACUCCAGCGGAUCCGGAAUCCUCACCAUCGAGAACCUCGUGAAUAAGGAAGCUCCUCAAACUAAUUAA